CUCAGUCAUGAAAGAUCUUACUCGAGUACUUGUCGAGUACUGUACUUACCUACUUACCUACUUACCUACUUACAUUACGAUAUUACGGUAAAUAAAGUGACACCAUAAUGCAAAAUCCAGAAGAGGAUCGAUUUUUGGCUGAUCAUGGAAAUUCCCCAGAAAACAAUCAAUCUUUACAACUUUAUUAUUACCUACUAGGCUACUACUACCUUCACCCACAUGAAAAUCCUUGCCCCACCUUCUUCGUGACUUUUGUUCUAGCUUUCAAAGUUCAACCUAAUAAGAUUACUACCAUUUCAAGCUUCACGAUUCAAUACUAUCAAUCUCCUUACAGUACAACCGACGACUCUCUUCAUGAUUAUACUUCAAUUUAUUUCUUAUUGAAGUUUCAAUCAUCUCUGCCUCUGUUCAACCUCCCAAUAUCGAUGUGCUCCCCACGAAUUGUCCCAAGCAUAAUCCAUGUCUGAUAUGGCAGAAGAGAUACGGCCAGCGGCGCCCAAUCCCGCAGAUUCCUUUACAUCACAACCACAGGUUAUCGCUAGACAUGAUCACGAGUCGCGCAUCGCUCAACCUUCAACAUUCCUUCUUCCAAGAGGGAAGCUCGCCGAGAUGCAUCAAGAAAGGCUGCAGGAGCUGCCGCAGGAGGAAAAGCCGGAGGAGAAGCCGGAGGAAAAGCCGAUGAGCGCGCUCGACAGGGACCAGCAGAAGGGUCUGGUAAGAUAAUUUCACUUAUCGCUUGCUCUAUCAGUAUAGUCAUAUAAAAUCAUUUAUGGGAUAGUCGUGGGGGUUUGUACUUCGAGUACUACGCGGAGCUGACAUGUUUGAUUCAACAGAAAUCAAUUCGAGAUUUCCUCAAGCGCCGUACCAGCUACGAUGUUCUACCUCUUUCCUUUCGACUUAUCAUCCUUAAUACCGAUUUACUGGUCAAGAAGAGCUUGACCAUCCUCCUACAAAAUGGUACACAACAGCCACAACCCUACCAGAUUAUACCUCAAUGCUGAUCUUUGAACCUUAUAGGUAUCGUUUCAGCCCCGCUAUGGGAUUCCCACACCUCAACCUUUGCUGGACUUCUUACGACUUCCGACUAUAUAAAUGUUAUCCAAUAUUACUGGCAGAAUCCAGAAGCUCUUAAUCAAAUAGAUCAAUUUAAGUUGAGUAGCUUAAGAGGUAGAGUCCAAAAUUUUAGAUCGGCGGGGCAUCAGGCUGACUUCAUCACAGAUAUCGAAAAGGCAAUUGGCGUACUACCUUUAGAGACAGUGUCAGUACAUCCUGCGCGACCUCUUUACGAUGCCUGUCGCGAAAUGUUACAAACCCGGGCCCGCCGUAUCCCGCUGGUUGAUGUCGAUGACGAGACGGGCAAAGAGAUGGUGGUCAGUGUGAUUACACAAUAUCGUAUCCUGAAGUUUAUUAGUGUCAAUGUCGAGGAGACGGAAUUCUUGAAGAAAAGUGUAUCGGACAUCAAACUAGGAACUUAUGGGGACCUACAAACCGCAAAUAUGGACACUCCGGUGAUCGACGUCAUACAUAUGAUGGUCAAACACAGCAUUUCGAGCGUUCCUAUUGUUGACAAAGAUUCGCGAGUGCUUAAUCUUUUCGAGGCUGUCGAUGUAAUCACGAUUAUCAAGGGCGGUGUAUACGAUGGUCUGACUUUGACUGUGGGAGAAGCUUUGGCCAAUAGGGCAGAAGACUUUGCCGGGAUUUAUACUUGCAGUGAAGAAGACAGGUUGGAUUCGAUCUUUGACACGAUUCGAAAAUCUAGAGUGCAUCGAUUGGUGGUUAUAGAUGAAGAGCAGCAUUUGAAGGGUGUGAUCUCUUUAUCGGAUAUUUUGCAGUAUGUACUCUUACAUGGAGAAGACGAUGAUUGAGCCUGUCCGAUAUUGGCCAUGAUACUACGAGGAUGGAUAGGCGUUGCAUAGCGAUUUGGCGUACAGGUACAAACCUGAUCUCACUGGUCAUUAAAAUGGCCACAAAUAGAUGUGAUGGGGCGAUUUAUUCAUAUUCGUUAAUACCAUUUUAUCGGCUCGGGCUAAGGAUAACAUGGCACGUUUUGGGAUUGGCUUGUGAAUAUAUAUGGAUGAUGGGCAGCAUAGGACUUGCAAUUCAGAGAUUUUACCCCCUUUAGAAUGCUUUGACGGACUACCGGUGCAUUUCGAACAUGGCCGAGGGCUUCAGCUGAUUCUAAGUG